AAGAAUUUCAGGACUAAAGGAGAACACAUAAUUUUCCUAGUAUUAGUUAUUUACUCUUUUUUUUCCGGGAAAAAUCAACAGAACAAUGCAGACAAGAUUCUGUAUUAAGAUAUAUGUCUAACGUACUUUCAUUUCCUUUAGCAUUACGAUAUCUUCGAGCAUCUGAAGUAGGAUGGCCUCAUAAAUCAUCAACAAUCGAAGUUCAUCUUCGUUUAUUCCGAAAAAAACGAACGUCGCCUUUAAAAGGUCAAUUGGAGCUUCCAUUUCCCAUCAGACGUCAACUUAGAAUCUGUGUGAUUGCAGAGGGUGAUCAUGCACAGGAAGCAAUAGAUUCUGGUGCAAUUAUUGCUGGUUCUGAUGAUGUUAUUAAAAAUAUUUUAGAAGGUCAUAUUAAUUUUGAUACAUGUCUUGCUCACAAAGACUCUUCUUAUCUUCUUGAGAAAGUCUCAGGAGUCCCAGGUUCAAAGCGUUGGAUGCCAAAUGUUAAAAAUGGUACUAUUUGUAGUGAAAUAGGUAAAGCUGUUAAAAUGAAAAUGAAUUGUAUACAUUUUCAAGAAAAAGAUGGAGUAAUUCGGGUACCAAUAGGAAAAGCACAUUUUACUGAUUCGGAAAUACGUUCCAAUUUACUUUUAUUUCUUGAACAUAUUAAAGUUAUUAGAAAAAAAGAUACAAUGAAAAAGAAAUCACCUAUCGCUGAAAUAGUUUUGUCUUCGUCUCAUGGCAUGGGAAUCGUAUUAGAUCCAUAUUCAAUUUUAUAA